UUCUAUCAUCUUUAAUUUAAACCGCUUAGCUUUUUUUUUACCCUCACGUUGAGGACAAAACCCUCAAAGAAAAAAACAAAACACUUUACUUAUAAAACGUGACACGAUACACUACUCUUUUCAUGUUUAUUAAACACUUAUGCUAAAGAUCGCUCACAAUACAAGUCACCACCACCAUGCAACACUCUCUUCGCUCUCAUCUUCUUCCUUCGAAGACUUCUUCUUCUUCUUCUUCUCAUUCUCACUUACUUCCACAAACCAAAAAUGUAAACAUCUCUCGACGAGUUCUCAUCAACCCUUUCAAGAUACCUACACUUCCUGAUCUCCCUCCUCUGCUCAAAUCUCCGGUCACGUCACCACCGGUUAAACUCAAACCAACGCAACCAAACUUAAACCCUUUCAAGAAGCUAGCGGCUACGAUGCUCGACAAGAUCGAGUCCUCUAUAGUUAUACCUAUGGAGCAGUCUCGCCCUCUUCCUAAACCAACCGAUCCAUCGGUUCAAUUAUCAGGUAACUUCGCUCCGGUUCAAGAAUGUCCGGUUCAAAACGGUUUAGAAGUUGUUGGUCAGAUUCCUUCUUGUCUACGAGGCGUUUACAUACGUAACGGGGCUAACCCUAUGUUCCCACCGUUAGCCGGACACCAUUUGUUUGACGGUGACGGAAUGAUUCACGCCGUUAGUAUCGGUUCUGAUAACAAGGUUAGUUAUAGCUGUCGGUACACUAAAACAAACCGGCUUGUUCAAGAAACCAAGCUUGGUCGAUCGGUUUUUCCUAAACCAAUCGGCGAGCUUCACGGCCACUCCGGUUUAGCUAGACUCGCUCUCUUCGCGGCUCGAGCUGGGAUUGGUCUCGUGGACGGGACACGUGGCAUGGGUGUAGCUAACGCCGGCCUUGUUUACUUCAACGGGAGGUUGCUAGCCAUGUCGGAGGAUGAUCUCCCUUACCAAGUGAAGAUCGACGGUCAGGGAGACCUCGAGACGAUCGGACGGUUUGGCUUCGAUGAUCAGAUCGACUGUUCAGUGAUAGCGCAUCCUAAGGUGGACGCUAUCACAGGUGAUCUGCACACGCUGAGCUACAACGUGUUGAGGAAACCUCAUCUCAGGUAUAUUAAAUUCGACACGUGCGGGAAAAAGACACGUGACGUGGACAUCACGCUCCCUGAACCAACGAUGAUUCAUGAUUUCGCGAUAACCGAGAAUUUUGUCGUUAUACCGGAUCAGCAAUUGGUAUUCAAAUUAUCAGAAAUGAUUCGGGGCGGGUCACCGGUUAUUUACGAUAAAGAGAAAAUGUCGAGAUUUGGAGUUUUGUCGAAGCAGGAUCAGACCGGUUCGGGUAUAAAUUGGGUAGACUUACCGGAUUGUUUCUGUUUCCAUCUAUGGAACGCAUGGGAAGAGAUAACCGAAGAUGGAGACCCGGUCAUUGUCGUUAUCGGGUCAUGUAUGAGCCCACCCGACACAAUAUUUAGUGAAUCAGGAGAACCAACCCGGAUUGAAUUAAGCGAAAUCCGGUUAAACAUGCGGACAAAAGAAUCAAACCGGAAAGUUAUCGUAACCGGGAUAAAUUUAGAAGCGGGACAAAUAAACCGGAAUUUCGUAGGCCGAAAAAACCGGUUCGUUUACAUAGCAAUAGCUGAACCUUGGCCUAAAUGCAGUGGGAUCGCUAAGGUGGAUAUACAAAACGGUAGCGUUUCAAAAUUUAAUUACGGACCGGGCCGGUUCGGUGGCGAACCGUAUUUUGUACCAGAGAAAGAAGGAGAAGACGAAGGUUACGUAAUGGGGUUCGUGAGAGACGAAGAAAGAAACGAGUCGGAGUUUGUGGUGGUCGACGCGACGGAUAUGAAACAAGUCGCGGCGGUGCGGCUGCCGGAGAGAGUACCUUACGGUUUCCAUGGAACGUUCAUAAGCGAGAAUCAGUUGAAAGAACAAGUUUGCUGAUCGUAACUAUUAUUAAAUUUUAGUUACUCAUGCAUUAUCGAUUAUUUUUGUGGUAAUUAGCUUAACGUAGCUAUUAUUCAUUUUAGUAAUGAUUCUCUAAGUUAUUUAUAAAAUUUUGAUGCUGAAUAAAAACUAAGAAAGUCCAAUUUCUAUA